CCCGAGUCAACGUCAGGGCCAUUGCAAUUUGCAAGCGUUAGUUUUACGCACCAUCAUCAUGUGUACGUAUCUUUCAUCAAAGCAAAAUGGUAUAUAUAAUAAGAAAGCGUAGGCACACUGUGCUUCUCACCUCUCCUUUUACAAUCCGAAUCUUCCCCCUUUUUUUUCUUCUCUCAUUUGCCUCUGCUUUCUUUUCCUGGCCUCAGAAAAAGGAAGAGAAUAUUAUUAACUUUGAUUUUCUUUUUUGUUAAUCGGUUUCAUUCCCAAUUGCCCAUUUGUUUAUCUUUCUUCUGCAUGCCUCAUUUGCCCAUAUCUCUUCGCCUUCUCUAAAUCUGUUCUCCUUAUUGUUGAUCGACUCUCUCUUGUUCUCACGACUUUCGUGGCUGCAAUGUCUUUCAGAGGGCUUAGCCGGCCAAAUGCUUCGUGUGCCAUGGGAGUUUCUGAUGACAGCAAGAAAACUUUCAUGGAACUGCAGAGGAAGAAGGUUCACCGCUAUGUGAUAUUCAAGGUUGAUGAGAAGAAGAGGGAGGUUGUGGUUGAAAAGAUUGGCGGCCCAGCUGAGAGCUAUGAUGAUUUUGUGGCAGCUUUGCCUGAAAAUGAUUGCAGAUAUGCAGUUUAUGACUUUGAUUUUGUGACUUCUGAGAACUGUCAAAAGAGCAAGAUCUUCUUCAUUGCAUGGUCCCCUUCAACCUCUCGAAUCCGUGCGAAGAUGCUGUAUGCAACAUCUAAAGACAGGUUUCGGCGUGAGCUGGAUGGUAUUCACUAUGAGAUUCAGGCUACUGACCCAUCAGAGAUGGAUCUGGAGGUGCUCAGAGACCGUGCACACUGAACAGUCUCUGCAGCACUAAAACAUGUCUUCCUUGGUCGGUCAAAAAUCUCUGGGGUUCUGUAAGUUUGUUAUGCUGGCUUCAUUAUGUGCAGAACCCAUUACUGGCACAAGACUCACUGUAUUACUGUUCCUUGAAUAAAUUGGCGUAUCAGCUGGCUUGUAUGAAAAGUAUGGUCUGAUGUUAUCUGCUUGCUGCAGAAUUCAGUUACCUUGAGGUAAGCUUACUUCCUAGAGGAAAAUGAACUUGUCAUUAGGUGAUGUAAACCCUGAAAAUUGUUGUUAUAUAAAUUUGGUUGGCUUCUUAUGGUUUUUUAUCUUUGGGGAAAAA